CCAACGUGCAACGAUGUCGAUUAUAUGAUCGUCGCUGUCAAACACUAUUUGUGUAUUUACACUAUGGUUAUUACAGCUACCCUCAAUUCCUCUGGUUCACACCCGAGAACAAAGGAAGAGGUGGAAAAAAAAUGGAAGAACGUGAAAAGCCAGGCAAAACACAAGUACUCCGAAUUUGGGAAACCGACAAAAGGAACUGGAGGUGGACCAGCACCAGCACCAAUCAGCCCAGUGACCAAUGCAGUCAUUGAUAUCUUAGGCCAGGACAACGUGACCCUAACUGGUGUGCCAGGUUCAAUUGACACGACAAUGCUGCAGGUGCUGGAUCUGAUGCCACCUACUGACAGGGAGAUUUAUGACACUGCCAUGUCAGAUCCACAUCCUCAACCAGAAGGAGCCAACAUGUAUUCUAAGGAGCCAGAUGUCACAGGGUCCCUCACUUCACCAACCAUGGAAACUCUGUUGAAGCAAAAAUUAAAGCUUGAAAUUGAAUGCCUCACUUUGAAAAAGGAAUACCUUAAAUUGAAAAUCACGAAACUGAAUUAGCUAAAAGUAUCAUACAUGUUGUUUGGGCAUUAAAGAAUUAUUUAUAUAUUUGAAUAUUAAAUGUCACAAUACAUACUCAGCCAAAUGUUAUGAUACAACAGAUUCUGGUAGAAAGAACAUUGUGGAACAUUUUUCAGAAAGAGUACAUUGCAUUUAGAAUAUUGCAUAUUUAAGAGGGUGAGGCAUAAUUAAGAUGAUUAAAAACUAAAGAUACUUUGCAAAGAAUGUACUGCUGAUACAAAUUGGAUUUAUUAUGAGGAAAUGUUGAAAAUUAAAAUAAAAUAAUCUUACAUGGAAAGUUGGUAUUGGCAAAGUGCUCCCGGUAUCUGAGUGCAGCUACUGGUGGAGCAGUCACUGCUUGAGCUCCAUUCUGCCCAUCAAGCCUGCCAAGUCCAUCAUGCCCAUCAGUGGGUGGAACUGGGAUAUGUCUGUCCUUGCAUAUGUUGUGUAGGACAGCACAUGCUAUUAACACCUAAAAUAUGAAAUCAUUAAUGAUAAAUUAACAUCAUUACACUUAACAUUUAGGUUUUUACAUGGCCUCAGUUGAACAUACAAAUGUUAAUGUAAAUAACGAAUAAGUUCAUACAACCCCAUCAUUUCCUGAUCAUCUCCACAUGCACAUUAACAAUUCUAUACUUCAAAUAUUUAUGAAUUUUCCCUUAUCUGCUCCUAGUCAUUACCAAUCUACAACUGCCCUGUUAUUGCCUUAAAUACAAAACUGUAUAUAUAUUCACUUGAUUUAGAUACAAGUCAAUCUGAACAAGUUCAUGUCCAUGUACAAACUUUAAUAGAUGAUGAGCCACUGCAUUGUUCUUUUCAUAUUCUCAAUGGCAUUUGUUAACAUAAAUUCAAACAACCAUGUUUGAAAUAAUUAUGUAACUCAAUAAAAUCUUGUUGCUUUUUUCGAUCAUUGCUUUCCUCUCUAGGAAUUGUUAUUUUAUAUAUUUAUUGUCA